AUGUCUGACGCUAAUUUAUUAGCCAAUGGAAGUACUAUUUCCAAUCGAAAUGUGGUGAGGAAUGAUGUAAAAGUUCUGCUGAUUGGAUGGGCUGGAUGCAAUAUGCGGUAUCUAAGCAAAUAUCUGCCAGUUUAUCAACGGUUGGGGUGAGUUUUACAUUUUGAUUGCGUAAUAACGGAUUUAGGAAUACCAGAAAGCAUAAUUUUGCAGUCUUCUAAUCUUCAAUGUUAUUUAUACUUGACGUCAACCUGCGUUUUUUAGUAUAAACCCGCAUUUGUACUGCCCUCAGCUUUAUCAAGGUGUGUUUCUUCGUGUAACCCCUAGCGCCGUCCGCGAAUACUUCCAUGAGAUCGAAAAGAGCGUGUUUUCCAACCCGGACGACCCGACUCCAGUUGUUUUUCACGUGUUUAGCAACAAUGGAUCGGGAAUGUUGGCUCAUUUAUGGAAAAUUAUUGGCGCUGAGAGGAAGUGGUGGAAAGAUCGUGUCCGGGGAGUCAUCUUUGACAGGUAGGUGUCCAUUUUGUCUUAUUUAUUACCUUAUUUGAAAUUUUUUUACCUGAUUUUUGUUUUAGUGGUCCAGCGACUAACGAUAAUAUUAUUACCUGGAUUCAAGCCGCAUAUUACACCAAUGUGCCGACAACACAACAUGGCACAUUAUCCUAUUUGCUUCAUUUUGCGUUGGUGGCUCCAGUGUUCUUUUCUUAUGUGGCUUAUUUGAGAAUCAGGACUUUUUUCCAGCCGUCUUAUCGGCAAAUUGUAAGUUUUGUAUUUAUUUUUGUUCUUGCUCCCUUCUAGAACUACAUUUUGGAAAUCAUUAACGUGAUAUUCAUUUAUGGAACUCUUAAAAAAUCGAAUUUUCACUCAAAGUUUUGCUUUUUUCCAGGCCAUUCCAAACACAUUACUCGAAAGUUUCGACGAUCUUCCUGAGAAUCAGCUCUUCCUUUAUUCGGAAGCUGAUAUGAUCUGCAAGCACCAGCUAAUUUCGCGGUUUGUCAACCUACAACUCUCCAAACAAAAAAAUGUUGAGACCAAAAUUUGGCCAGAUUCUGGCCAUGUUGCCCAUCUUCGAAAAUACCCCGAAGAAUAUUCGGAAUUGUGCCGACACUUUUUGGAGAAGUGUGUUGGCCGAAAAUUCGAAGUGGUAGAAUAG